AUGAAGGAAAGACACUGGCACGAACCCUGUGCAGCCGCAGCAACAGCGGGCCCUUGUCGCAACCCCCCCGAAGUGAACAGGCAGGGUAACAAUGUAUGCCGACGCUGCAUCAACCUGGCUAAUGAGAAGAGGAAGGACGAUGACAAGAAGAAGAAGGAUGACGAUAAGAAGAAGGACAAGGAUAAGAAGGCGCAAGACAAGGUGGACAAGGCGGUGAGGAUGAAGGCCUGGGCUAAGAGCAAUAAGGCGGAGAAAGAUGCUAUUAAGAGGUUGGGAUAG